AAAUGAUUGGAAGAGCUUUUGCCAAGAAACAAUUUGUCAACUUUACUGCACUUGGAAGAACUACACAGACAUGUUCUCUUAAUGAAGCCUCUUCCAGAGGCUUCAUGACCAUGAACAGCAGUGCUCAGAAGCAAGAGUCAGUCCAGGCUAAAGCAGAACUAGGAAAGUCCUUCAUGGGAAGCCAGAGAUCCUUCUCUACAAAGAUUCCUUCAUAUUUCAAGGAAUAUCAGCAAAUUUUUGAGAAAUCUGGAACUUUGGAGAAGAUAGUGCCAAGAAAGAUUGAGACUCACCAGGAGUUGGAGAACAUGGGAUGUGCUAUGUACAGACCUAUCGAUACUGACAUCCAGACUGUGAACAAAGGUCUCUUCGAUCCUCUCUAUGAUCUCCUCGACUGUGGAGGUAAGAGAUGGAGACCAGUGUACGGAAUGAUCUUGGCAAGUGAUUAUGGAGUUGAUAUUAGGGAUUUUAAGACUAAUGAAUCUCUUUACCACUUACUUGGGCUAGCAGAGAUCAUCCAUAAUGCCAGUCUUAUCUGUGACGAUAUUGAGGAUAAGAGUUUGAUGAGGAGAGGGCAGCCAUGUGCUUACAUUAAGUAUGGUCAGGACGUUGCCAUUAAUAUGGGAUGUUACCUUAUGACUUAUGUGAUGACAGAUUACUUAUUACAUUUCAAUGGAGAAACUCCUGAACUUAAAGCUAAGAUUGGAGCUGAGAUUAGCAAGGAAAUCAGUUGUCUUCACUUUGGCCAAAACUGGGAUAUUUGCUGGCAUAAUAACUAUAACUUCCCUAACCAAGAUGAGUACUUCCAGAUGACUGCUAGUAAAACUGGAGUAAUCCCAAGAUUGAUUGCCACUCUUGUAAGCACUCUGUACGGUUCAGAUCCUGAGAAGAUUACGAGAAUUCAAAGAAUGACAGAUGAUCUUGGAAUUGCAUUCCAAAUCCAAGACGAUGUCAUCGCCAUUGAGAGCGAUCUCUAUGCUCAGGAGCGUGGAAUAUUCGGUGAAGAUAUCCAUGAGGGUAAGAGAACUCUUAUGGUUAUCCACUCUUGUAACAAUCUUCCUAAGAAAGAUGCAAAGAGAUUGGUAGAUAUCCUUAACCUUCAUACUGAAGAUGAGGAUAUUAUUAGAGAGGCUAUUGAUCUGAUCAACUCUACCAAUAGUAUUGAAUAUGCUAAAGAUGUUGCCAGGGGCCUAGUUAACAACUUCCAUUCAGAAAUGGACGAACUUAUUGUCAAGGAUGAGACCAAGUCCCAAUUGAGAGAAUUUGCUGAAUUCCUGACUAACAGAGAUAUUUAAGACCCACCAUAAAUAACAUUCAAUUUAA